UGACGGCGACGACACCUGCCGGAGGUCCCUCGGGAACGCGCGGCCGCGGGGCUGGAGCGGGGCCGGCGCCCUCCGCACGCGAGGAAGCACAAAAAGGCGCCAACUGCGGUGACACGCUGACGACGACGGCGGCGAGCCACUGACCCGGCUUGACCCGGCUUCGAAUCCCGGCGGAGGACAACGGAGAACCUCCUCGCCUUUGGUCGCGCUGUGAUUACCCAAGCCGUGCCGCCGCCACCGUCGCCGUCAGUGUCCGCGGGAGCGAUGGGGCCGCCGUAGGGCGCCGGCCAGUUGUCCACUCCACCCGAGACUCCACCCUUCGGGCCCCGCGGAGGCGGGCCAGCCAUCCUCGCCCUCCCCAGGCCGACUCGCGUGAUUCCAGGAUGGCGGCCGUGUCUCACCUGAGCGUGCUGCUGACCGUGCUGCUGUACCUGACGGCCUCCAUCGCCAAGCCCAGCGUGCCGAGAGCCGGCCAGAGCGCGGCCCGCGUCGGCAGCGUCGGCAGCGUCGGCACGUCCAACUUGAGGCAGGCACUCGCCGCGUCGCCCCGGAUGCCCUUUUUCCCGGAAGGGGCCGAGGCGGCCGACGGGGCCGAAGGGGGCGCCCUGAGCGGACGGGGCCGGGCCAAGCGGACAUCGGGCGCCAUCCCCAUCACAGAAUGCACCUUCGUCUACACGGAGGAGGGCGACUUCUACCUGGACUACGAGGGCGACCCCACCAAGGUGUGCGGGGCCAUGUUCCUGGCGCCCGCCAACCAGCGCGUCCAGCUGCGGCUCACCCUGGACGUGCCCUGCUCCACCGGCGGCAUGGUCUCGGUGACGGACGGCUGGGACUACCAGAAUCAGUACCUGCCCAUGGCGCAGGACCACCCCAAGCCGGACAGCGAGCGGCACACCACGCUGUGCGGCGUGGAGCACACGCAGGCCUUCGAGUCGUCGCAGAACGCGGCGCAGGUCUCCUACCUGCUGCCCACGCCCGCCAGGUUCGCCGUCUCCGUGCGGCACGUCCGGAAUCCCACACCGUGCAGCGUGAUGCUGGGGGACAGCGAGGUGGUGACGCUCAGGAACUUCGGCAAGCGGAGGAACUGCUCCGUGACCACCAUCUACCCGUCUGUGGUGCGCAUCCUGCAGCUGCAGGUCGGCGUCAACGAGAAGCACCCCAACAUGGAGCCGGAGACGGGCACCAUCCACAAGUGCGAAAAGCGGGGCCUGGAGGACUACGUGCAGGUGGCGGGGCUCGGCAUGGCGACGGAGCUGGCGGGCCCGGAGACCGUCUUCGGAUCGGUGUGUGGACUGGAUACAAGCGCAGGCCGGCCCAUGAGCAUCCUGUGCGGCGCCCUCAACGUGCGGCUCGUGUCCAGCGGCCGCUACGACAACGCCGUCACGGUCUUCGUCAAGCGGAUGGAGACGGAGGAGGAGAUGCUGAGCGCCGACUUCUUCUGCGACGCCGAGCUGUGAAACUGAAGAUCACCGCAUCGUCACCGCAGCCGCGCCAGAGCUUCAUCUUCCGCCAUCGCGCCUCGCGCUUCCAGCCGGACCGCGGCGGCCUCUCCAGUGGACACCGGCGGACAGACAGACGGACAGACGGACAGACGGACAGACAGACAGACAGACAGACAGACAGGCAGACAGACAGGCAGGCAGACAGACAGACAGACAGACGGACAGACAGACAGACAGACAGACAGACAGACAGGCAGACAGACAAACAGACAGGCAGACAGACAGACAGACACCUCCCUUCUGCCGCUGCAUCUCCGCCACUCGCAGCGGUCCUGGACUUCCCUGGCGGGGCCGGCGCUGCCCAAGCUGUUUUCGGCGUGCGUCGUUUUAUUUUAUUUAACGAGAUUUAAGUCAAUUAGGUUUAUUUAUUUGAGUACAACUUCAAUUUCCAGUAGCGUCACUAUCACAGUGUCACAGUGCCAUCCUUCACUUAAACUAGCUUCACGUUCCUUUUUUGUUUUAAUUUAAAAUAAUGAUGAUGAUUAUUAUUAAUAAAUGUCUUAAGUUUGUUAGUGGUUAUUGUGUUUCGUCGGAACGAAAAACUUGUCUAUUUUUACUACUAGUUUGACUUCUGCGAGAAUACCAAAGAUAAAGCGUGCGGAGACGCGCCCAAGCCAGACAGUCUUGGCAAUACUGCAGCGUGUAGAGGUUCUUCAUGUUCUUUCCCCUCUCCUAGAGCAUGGUGACUGUAAGUUUGAAAGUUUCUCGUAGUGCUGAUGGGUGUAUUUUAAGUACAAAAUAAAUGUGUCCUCAUCGUUUACAAAACACCCACUCCAUUGUUGUUUUAUAAUUCUAAACGUGUCUCUGCAGUAUACUGUCGUAGCAUUUAGGUCGAUUCAUCGUUAUGUUUGUAAAAUUAAAAAAAAUCCUAGCUGCAUAAUAUUUUAAACGAAAUUGUGUUAAUGUCUUGACAUUAUGUCUCAUUUUUCUGAUUUCUCCAACACUCAUUUUCCAAGUUAAAAAAAAAGUCACAAUAAAAUAAACGAAUUUUAAA